AUGCGAGUGGCCGCGAAUUUAAACAUGCUUUUCACCGAGGUUGAACUAUUGGAAAGGUACGAGAAAGCGGCGGCAGCUGGUUUUAAAGCCGUCGAAGUGUCGCUACCGUAUGGGGAAACGGCUGAGAAUUUGAAGAAAGCCGCUCAAAAGCAUUCGCUACAACAUGUUCUCAUCAAUGCACCACCAGGUGAAGCAUCGACUGGGGCAAAAGGGCUAGCGGCCAUUUGCGAAGAGAGGGAAAUUUUUCGUGAAAGUCUCGAAAAAGCGGUAAAGUAUUCGAAAAUACUCGAAUGCUCGAGAAUUCAUGUAAUGGCUGGUCUUGGUGAUUCGAAAUGCCCACAUGCGCACGACAUUUACCGAGAGAAUAUUCGAUAUGCAUGUCAACGUUUUGAACAAGAUGGUUUAACUUGUCUCAUCGAGCCGAUCAACAGUUAUACAAUACCCGGAUAUUUCUUGAAUAGCUAUGAUCAAGCUCUCUCCAUUAUCAACGAAGUGUCGGCUUCAAAUCUCAAAAUCCUUUUCGAUGUCUUUCACGCACAACAAAUCUGUGGACAGCUCAGUGCAUUGAUUCAGAGACUAAAUCAGAAUAUCGGUCACAUUCAAAUCGCCCAGGUUCCUUCCAGGCUUUCUCCAGACACUCCCGGUGAAAUCGAUUACAACUAUCUCUUUAGUUUAUUAAAAAACACUGUUGACGAUCGUUUCAUUGGAUGUGAAUACAAAGACGGUGCCAAAUUUGAUUGGGUUCAAAGAUAUGGAUUGAAAUUU